AUGGCUUCAUUGAAAGAGUCCUUGGCUGGUCCAGGAUUUGUGGUCUUGAACGCCAUACGGGUACUCAAUAUCAUCGUCUUCCUAGACAUCAUCGCUGCCAGCAUUGUGAUGAUAGUGAAGAUCUCUCUUUUGAGCAGCUUUUUCUUCUUCCAAGCCGUUUCCCAUGUCAUGGCUGCAGGAAUCAGCAUCUUUCUUAUACUCUCAGAAUUACCCUUCUUUCGCGGGUACUUCGACCGCAAUUGGCCUUUGCUAGGCCAAGAUUCCGGCUUCGUCACACUGGCUGUGGCAAUGCUUAUACUUGGAAUGGGGGUCUUGGGCGAUCUGAAUACGCCUGCCACGAGUCAGGAAUCACUUGGCCUUGCAUUCUGGAGGAUUGUGGUAUCCGCAGGUAUUCUGGCUAUGGUCAUGAGUGUCGUCAAUUUGGUGUCGAGCUUCAUUUUCUCAGACCGCGCCGCUGGGGUCACUGCACGUCAUGUACGAGUCUACGGGGCGGUAGCGCCUCAGAAAGUCGUCACACGAGCAAGUUCCCAGCGAUCAUUCAAACUCGGUAUAAAGCGAGAGGACUCACUUCCAACAUAUACUCCUUCGCAUUCACCUGUGAGGAGGCAGGCCUCCAUGCGGAGCAUGACUCGCUUUCCACUGAAGAUAUCCCCGCCAAUGAACUUGAACGAUGCCGCAUCAUCCAAAUACUCGCGAGACUCGGCGGGUGUGACCAUUCCAGACCUAUCUCAUCAUCCGGCAAUGUAUUCUUCGCAGGUCUAA